AUGGAGAAUCUUGGUGAACAAGAAGAGAACUUGAGUGUAGUAGAGGAGCUGGAAAUACAGUAUUAUGAAACACAGUUGGMAUUAUACAAUGUACAGCUUGAAGUAUUGAAACAUGAAGAGAUGCUGCUUAUUGUACAGUUGGACACUAUUAAGAGACAGAUUAAAGAGCAACAGGAUGAAGUUGUUUACUAUGAUACAUGUGAAAACCCUGAGGAGCUGCAGGUCAUUGAGCAGACCAUGGGACAGCAUUACACUGACUUGUCAGCAAUGACGCUGCUGAGGCAGAAGAGCAAGCAGCUGGAGACAAAGCGUGGGACUGUCUGUGCCAGGAGAGCCUACCUCAGGAACAAAAAAGUAAAUGCAGCCUUGGAGAUGUGCAUUUUCUGAGCUCACCACUCACGAGGGAUGGACAGGAAGCAAUUCAGGAAGUUUGGGUGGAGCGUACAAGAUGAUUCCUGACUCGAUGCCAAGGCCUGCAAGCAGAAAGAGGGGCAGUGUGAUUUAAGCUAGCUUUAUAUUUCACGGUGUGUCUCUGGCUUGGAAAGAGAGCACAGACUUGCCCUGAAGUGUCCASCUCAUGUUGUUCUGAAAACGUCCUGUCCCCAGCCCCUCAGUCCCAAGUCACCCCGAGGUAUUCCUCAGCAGACUGUGGUGCUGUCCCCUCCCUGUGCAUCAGGGGACAGCUCAGGGACAGCCCCAGCAGCUCUGUCCCCUGCCCCAGCACUGCCAGCAGCUCUCCAGCAGCCUCAGAGCAUUCUGCUUGUGGAAGACAAAGAGCCCAAAGAUUUGUGUCAGAGUAGCCCAGCAGCCAUCCCUGUGCAGAUUGUUGUGACUGAUGGGGACACAGAGGAGCAAAAGCACAGYGAGGAGCUGAUGGUUUCUCCAUGCUCACCACCUCCUCCUCCACCCCCUCCUCCCCUGCCCCCUCCACCCCCAGCUCCCCCUCUUCCUCCCCAGUUCAGAACCCAAUCAGCAGCAGAGUAUAAACCCCUUCCCCUCAGCUCUGACAGCCCCUCAGAACUGCACAAACAGGAUGGUUCAUCCAGGAGCUCUAUCAAUAAUUGCAUAGGCUCCAUGGAUGAAGUGCUGGCCUCUCUGAAGCGCAGUGAAGUUCACCUUCACAAAGUGGAGCCCAAUCCUUACACYUCCCUGAAGGACAACAUCCUCUGUGCCAUCAGGCAGGGGGUCAAACUGAGGAGAGUGAACCGAGAUCCUGACACAGAGGGCAGGAAAGGAUCCCCCAAUGAGCUGGAGAGAAGCAUUAAGGCAGCSAUGCAGAGAAUUAAGAAAGUGUCUGCUGAUUCUGAAGAAGAGGAGGACAAUGAUCAGAGUAAUGGAGAAUGGGACAGCUGACCAGUAUAACAGACUGACUGACUGGAGCAGAGUGUGUGCCAAUUGUGCACGGUGUAGAACGUUCCUUUCAAAAGGAAAGAACUGUGUGAUUGUGUGGGGUGUUCUCAUAGUCCUAAAUGUCUUGUAAAGUGAAAGAAUCMUGUUGAUUUUUCAUAGGAACUKCAGAUUCGUAUUUUUGCAUGAGAARCCAUACUCCAAAUUAUGCCUGCACUAAAAGGUGUUUCUGGCUCAACCAGGUAGUGUUUUCAUCAAUUCUGAAGACAGUUAAAAUGCUGGAAUGAAACAUACAUUAUUUACAUUGGUACUAUACAGUAGGCAGUGCUAUCAGAACAAAGUUUAAGGAAUGAAAAAAAUAACUGAAAAUCACUUUUGUCAGAUAAAAGUARAUGCAAAUCUGUGGUGACUGAGGCAGACCAGAAAACUUAGCAUGAUCUGGAAUCUUUCACUCCUACCUCCAUUGUCCAGAAAAUUCUUAAAUUUUGCUUGUCUAAUGCAGCUCACUCUCAAAUAACUACAUGGAUACUCCAUUUAUCAUCACGUUAGAAAGUGUGCACUUAUGGAUGGCUUGAUAAUGCUGAUUGGGAAAAUCAGUUUCCAGUUUGAAAGAAACACUACUGCAGUGUUCUUUUUUAGCUGAAAGAUUAAGUAUAGAGAACUUGUAGAUGUUAAAUGUUUUUCAUAUAUUUACAUUUACAAUGAUCUGUUGACAUGAAAAAAGAGCCAAAAUAUUAUAUAUGAUAUUUUUCAGGAUUUUGAUUUAGUCCUGUAAUGCAGGGCUGCAUUUCUCCAUGGAGAACUUCAAUAGAUGCCACUCAUGAAUUUAAAUUCCUGAUGGCCUUAUAAAUGGCAGGUAUUUACGUUGUGCCUGGAAGCUAACUAUUUCAAAAUUCAGCUACAUUCAGUUUAGAGAGUCUUGCUAUUUUGGGUAGAUAGUGGCAAAAAGGAUUCAAGUUAUUUUUCUGAAGUUUAUACUGACCCUUAAUAAAAAUAGAUCUUGGCAGAAGAAGUGGAUUCAAUGUGCUGUCAUUUUAGGAUGCUGCUGUGAACUGAACAUUAUUUAUCCCAUGGUCCCCUGGGUUUUGAUUACAAGUGGCAGCCAUGCAGCUCUCACUAAUGKUAUCGGUAAAUAUUUUCUCAAAUAUUUAUGAAUUGCAAUUUGAUAACAAAAUUGCAAAUACAGUGCCUUAAUUCCCCGUUUUACUGUAGAGCAGAUCUGUUUAAUCAGCACAGUAAAGAUGCAUGCAKCAGUUUUCCUGUGAGCAGAGGCAGCAUCUGGGGGUUGGUUCAUUUUUUACUGUUUAAGCAACCACUGCUGUUUGGAUGUGAGAAAAACGAUUUCUAUAAAUCAGUAUUGCUGUGCCUUGUGAUCUUUCUAACUAUGAUGUGGGCAGUCCAGACAGCAGCUGCCAGUAUUUUAGGGAGGUUUAAAGUUAAUGUAUUUAAAGAGUACUCUGUCAGACUGAAAGGAUUUCCUUUGAAGCAGCAGAGCUUUGAUCACAGCACAGCAGAGCAGCAGUGCCCAGCUGGAGGUGCCAGUGCAGCCAUGGAUUUGUCAGCAUUUCUGUCCUCAYGCUGCCUUGGGGGAUUCUGAAACUUCUCUGCAGCCUCCCCUCCAGCUCAGUGCUGCCUCACAAGAUGAAGAACCAUUUUUUUUCUGCUAAAUGGUGCUGAAUCGAGCAAAUCAGGUCUGAGUGUGGACAUUUGAAGUGCCCCAGACCUACAGGGGAUUGAGCAAUGUGACACUGGGCACCUGUGGGACUGUGGAAUAGGAUUGAGUAUAAGGGCCUGAGGGGCUGAAGGYUUGCAGGGCAGCCCCUAUCACUUCCUUCUUUUAUCCCUUGAAAUAAAAAGAUGCACACAUACACCAGGACACCAGGAGCAAGAGGGACAAAGAGAUCAGUAGGAAGGCAUUCAUUAGGGCUAAAAAAAAGCUGGGAAAUGCUUCUCAUUUCAGUCUUCCUCUAUGAAGCAGUUGUAGAUAAAGGUGUGCACCCUUUGGAGAAAAUGAGACUUUAGGCUAUGCAUGGCCUCACUCAGGAAGCGUGGAUUUAAUUCCAAAAGCUGCUGUAUUUGCUUCCGAGAGCACGUCUGUGCACUGCACUCCAUAGUAACGUGAUAUUUGUAGGAAAGAGGGACACAUCAUUGCAGCUAAACCCAUGGUGAUGAUAAAAGGUGAGUGGUAUUGAAAGCAUUUUUUAAUAAAUGCCACACCAAACCUUGGGCAGCAAAAACCGCUCAGAACAAUAUGUGAGUGUGUCCCUGGAGGAAACACUCAGACUGCUCCAGAACGCGGCAUCUUUUCCUGGCUGAAAGGUGUGUGAUUUUCAUUCUCAGCAUGUCAUGCUAUGCUGAGAGCAAGAGGCAACACAAUUAAAUCUGCUCAGGUAACAGUGACAUUAACAGCUCAGCUGCUGGGAAAAUGCUGUGUAAAAUGAGCAUCUUCCUUUGCUCUGCAGGAAGAGUGAGCCACAAACUGC